UGCUGCCACAAAUCGUUCUUACACCUCAUUGCUCUCUCUCUCUCUCUCUGCACGCACACACCUUCAAUUCUCACCAAAUCUCACAAUUCCCUGUUUAGAUUCCUAAUCCAUCACCAAAUUUUGCAUCUUUUUCAAAUUCCCAACUCGUUUCCCCAUCUGGGUAUCGCAAUUUCAUUGCUUUUCAUCACCACCCUCCACAUCCCCCCAAUCGAUCCGCGACUUUUCUGAUCGUGUUUCAAUUCCCUGCUGAUUCUGAUAACACCAUCCAAAUCGAUACAGCAUUAAUCUCAGUGGGUAGGUGUCUGCGGUGUGAAUUUUGUCCGAUCGAUUAAAAAUGGAGACGAGUCGAAGAGCGGUGGAAUCGUAUUGGAGGUCGCGGUUGAUUGAUUCAGCUACUGCGGAUGAAGAUAAAGUCACGCCGGUGUACAAGUUGGAAGAAAUUUGUGAGCUUUUGCGCUCUUCGCAUGCUAGUAUUGUGAAGGAGGUGUCAGAGUUUGUCUUGAAACGUUUGGAGCAUAAGAGCCCAAUUGUUAAACAGAAGGCAUUAAGAUUGAUAAAAUAUGUGGUUGGAAAGUCUGGUGUGGAAUUCAGAAGGGAAAUGCAGAGACAUUCGGUGGCAGUUCGUCAAUUAUUUCACUACAAAGGACAAUUGGAUCCUUUAAAAGGGGAUGCACUAAAUAAGGCUGUGCGAGACACUGCUCAGGAGGCUAUAUCUGCCAUCUUUUCAGAAGAGAAUAAGGCUGUGCCAGCACCUUCUGAAGAUGUAAACAGGAGGAUACAAGGAUUUGGCAAUACAAACUAUGAAAUGCCAUCGGAAGAUAAGAAAUCUUUUAUCAGUGAGGUAGUUGGGAUGGGAAGUGCGUCAAUUAAGCAAGGACUUAGUAACUUAACUCAGGGACAUUCACUAAUGAAGAAUGAAACUGGAAGCUACCGGAGUCCAAAUCUUCAAAGGUCUUUAACAAAUGAAAGAGAACAUGGCGACAGAUAUGAACCAGUUGCAUAUCGUAAUGAAACUCAGAGUAGUUUUGGACUUUCAAGGAAUCAAUCUAGUGGUCCUUGGAAUCAAGAUUCAAGAGUAAAUAAGGUGGAAAUUUCAAAUGGGGAAUCCAGUGCAAAUCAUUCAGAGAGUAAGACAAGAGAGGAAAGGUUGGUGGAGUCAAUUGUAACUUCUGGAGGUGUUCGUCUACAACCCACUCGAGAUGCCAUUCAAGUUUUUCUAACAGAGGCUGCAAAGUUGGAUGCCCUGGCUUUAAGUCAUGCCCUUGAACUAAAGCUCCAAUCUCCAAUUUGGCAGGUUCGCAUGAAAGCUGUUUGUGUCCUUGAGUCCAUCCUUAGAAAGAAAGAUGAUGAUCAUUUUUCACUUGUGGAAUCUUACUUUACUGAAAAUAAAGACGUGGUGCUGAGAUGUUCUGAAUCCCCCCAAGCCUCUUUGAGGGAAAAGGCUGUGAAGGUUCUCGGUCUUCUAGGUGGAAUUCAGCCAAAUAGCUUUGCUAUUAAUUCAGAGAAGGCUGUAAAGACAGAGAGUGCUAUUGUUGCUGAGUUGCCUGACUUGAUAGACACUGGCGAUUCAAGUGAUUAUCUCCGAACUGAUGACCCAACAAAGAGUACAAACAACCCAAAUAUAACAAAUUCGACAUCAUCCACACCCCUAGUUGAUGAUUUAUUUGGAGAUUUUAGUGGCUCCAAUGGAGCUAGUCAUGAACUGAAAAAUGAUGAUGACCCGUUUGCUGAUGUAUCAUUUCAUGCAAGUGAGAAAAAAGGACAUGCAGAUGAUCUCUUUUCGGGGAUGACAGUUGGUGGUGAUAAACAGGGUGAUAAUGCGAAUCACGUGUUGGGGAAUAAAAGCGAUCCUGAACUUUUUGACAUUUUUGCUUCCAAUUCCGAGCAAGGAAACAAAGAGUUCGUUGGAGACUUAAUGGCUGGUUUGUCAAUUGAUGAAAAUACCUCAAGUACGAAGCAGAAGGGAACAUCUCCCACCUUGGAAUCUGAAUCUUUAUUUACAGGUUUAAAUAAUCAUAUCCCUGACAAUACUUCAGGUGGCAUGUUGGGCUCUCAGCCACUUGGAUUUAAUGUAAAUCCCAUGUUUCCUGCCGGUAGUCUUCCUUAUAAUAUACAACCUGGUGUUAUGUUGAACCAUCCGUAUACCUCUCAGCCUCUUAAUUAUGGUGCUAUGGGAACUCUCUUGGCUCAGCAACAAUUCCUGGCAACAAUGGCUAAUUUCCAACACCUUAGUAAUGUGAACAUGCGAGAUGAUGGUGUUGCUCAAAUUGCUGGACCCAAUGGAAGAACACCGAUACCAGACAUAUUUCAACCAGGUUUUUCACCUCAAACUCCCAGCUCAAUGAUCAACAGUUCAAAGAAAGAAGACACUAAAGCAUUUGAUUUUAUCUCGGACCAUCUUGCCUCUUCUCGUGAUUCAAGGAGAGUGAUUUGAAAUUUCGGUUUGUGCUUUGUGGACAAUAUUUUCAUGGUGUUGUAGUGUUUUAUUGACAUUAUUAGAUCAAAUUGUAGUUUAUAGUUUCCUUUCUUGUACGCUUUUCCAUGUUACCAACACAAUAAAUGAUGAACAUUGCCAGUUCUCAAUGUUUUGGAUAGAAUAUAGCAAGAUAGUGCUGUUUGUUUAUAUUUUCAUGAGUAUGUUGUGUACGUAGUUAAUGCUUGAGAUUUUGCUACUGUAAUUCAAGCACUAUGAAAAAAUACUACUCUCUCCUCUCACAUUAUUUAUUGAUUGUGUUGAAAGAGUAUGUCUUCAUUCCUA